AUAGAGGUAAACGUGUUAGAGCGGCGCCGCAUAGCCCUCUCCCUCUCCCUCUCCCUCUCGACCCGCUUCCUCAGAGGCCCGGCGGCUGCAUAGUGGAGAAGAGCAGCGGAAGCAAAUCGAGGAGAUCAAAGCGCUUGUUGCAGGAUGCAGGCGAUGGAGGUGGAGGCGAUCCCCAACUCCAAGCGUUCUCCUCACGACGUUCUCGAGGAGACCCGCACGGCGAUGGAGGAGAUCGCCGCGAAAAUGCUCUUCAUCAAGAAAGAUGGCCGCCCCAAGUCCGACCUCCGCGAGCUCAUCACCCAGAUGUCCCUCCUCUUGCUCUCCCUCCGCCAGGUAAAUCGAUCGAUAUUGAUGGAAGAGGACCGGGUGAAGGUGGAGACGGAGAGCGCAAAGGCUCCGGUUGACUUCACCACCCUCCAGCUCCACAACCUUAUGUACGAGAAGAAUCAUUACUUGAAGGCCAUCAAGGCUUGCAAAGAUUUCCGAUCCAAGUAUCCGGACAUUGACCUCGUCUCCGAGGAGGAGUUCUUCCGUUCCGCGCCCGAGGACAUUAAAGGGAAGGUCUUGGCGAGCGAUGCCGCGCAUGAUUUAAUGUUGAAGAGGCUCAAUUUUGAGCUCUACCAGAGAAAGGAGCUGUACAAACUUCAUGAGAAAUUGGAACAGCAUAAAAAAAGUCUUCUGGAUACCAUAGCAAACCGGAAAAAGUUCCUCUCAAGUCUCCCAUCACAUCUGAAAUCUCUGAAGAAAGCAACCUUACCAGUACAGCAGCAAUUAGGGAUUUUGCAUACCAAGAAGCUAAAGCAGCACCAUGCAGCAGAGUUACUUCCACCUCCUCUUUAUAUAGUCUACUCACAGCUACUGGCUCAGAAAGAAGCAUUUGGAGAGAGGAUUGAAAUGGAGAUAUUAGGAAGUGUAAAGGAUGCUCAAAUUUUUGCUCAACAACAAGCUAACAAAGACAGCGGCUUAUCAUCGAAUACUGAAAACAAUAGGUUGGAAGAGGAUGCACCUGAUGAGGAGGAAGAUGUCCAGAGAAGAAGAAAGAGGCCAAAGAGGAACCAGAUCAAGGAGAAUAUUGAUCAAGCAGGAGUGUGCCAGAUUCAUCCACUCAAGAUCAUUCUUCAUAUAUAUGAUGAUGAAGAGUCUGAGGCUAAACCUUCAAAAUUAAUCACUCUGAGAUUUGAGUACUUGGUAAAGCUAAACGUUGCAUGUGUUGGAGUAGAAGAUUCAGAGGAAGGAUCUGACAACAAUAUCUUAUGUAACUUAUUUCCUGAUGAUACUGGCAUUGAGCUUCCCCACCAGGCAGCUAAACUUUAUGCUGGGGAUUCAUUAGCAUUUGGUGAAAGAAGAGCUUCACGUCCAUACAAAUGGGCACAACAUCUAGCGGGAAUUGAUUUUUUGCCAGAGGUGCCUCCUCUGCAUGAGUGCAAUGAAGCUUUGAGCAGUGAAGCUUUGAAAGGUUUAGAUGUUGCAGCUGGACUUAGUAUAUACCGUCAUCAGAACCGUGUGCAGACCAUUUUGCAAAGGAUUCGCUCCAGGAAAAAGGCUCAAAUGGCUCUUGUGGAGCAGCUUGAUUCCUUGAUGAAGCUCAGGUGGCCCUUACUAGCCUAUGGAGACAUUCCAUGGGCUUUGCAUGACCCAUUGUGUACUUUGCAAAACUGUUCUUCAUCUGAGCUGAUCCCUGACUCUUCAUCUUUCUCUGCUGUUGUGGUGGGACAAGUGGCACAUGUUAUUGACCUUGAUCUGGACAGAAGAUCUGUGACAUCAUGGGAAGUAGAGAGUGCAAGAGAAGAUGGAGAGCUUCCGACAGCAUUACCAGCUGCAAACUCACCGGAUGAUUCGAAGGUCACUAUGGCUAAUGGGUCUUCUGAGCAUGUUGAACAUUCUAGAAGCCUGGCUUUGAUUACAAAGAGUGUGACACCUUCCAAAAAGGUCAAAUCUCGAGUGCUGAGGAAAAGUGAGGAUGAUUUAGAACUCAUUCUGGAUAGUGACAGUGAACUGGAGGAGCACACAUGCAUUGACCAAGAAAUUGAAAAUGUCAGAGUUGGCAAACCGUGGGAAGACCAUGCUGCAAAAGAAUUCACUUUGAUUCUCACUAGAACUUAUGAAAAUGAGAGGAAUGCAAAGUUGAAUGCCAAGGUAAAAAUCAGCACAGAAUAUCCUCUCAGGCCUCCACUUUUCACUUUAAGCUUGCUUUCUGAUGGGCCUCAAGGUUUUGAAUGGUACAAUGAGCUUAGAGCCAUGGAAGCAGAGGUUAAUCUUCACAUCAUUAAGGUCCUGCCUUUGGAACAUGAAAACUACAUCUUAGCUCACCAAAUACGUUGCUUGGCUAUGCUCUUUGAUUUUCAUUUUGAUGCGCGCCAUGAAAAAAGAAAGAGCACUUCCAUAAUAGAUGUUGGAUUAUGCAAGCCUGUUAGUGGAACAAUACUUGCGAGAUCUGUCAGGGGAAGGGAUCGGAGGAAGAUGAUUUCUUGGAAGGGCAUGGGCUGCACCCCAGGCUAUCCUUGCUAGAAUUUGUUGCAUUUCAAGGUUGUUGACAUGUUUUAGCUCCUUAUUAAAGCCAAUACUUCAUUGCUCCCCGCCUGAACCAUUUUUCCUUUCUUUGGUGAAUUAUUGGCAUUUUCUUUCAAUCUUUCAUAAUGUGUAAACGAACUUGGUGAUUUUGUUGUUACUUUAUUCCCGAUACUUGUCGUACGUCUACCAGCUGUAGGAUUUCUGAGUUUAUCAUAUAAAUAGCGUAUGUUGAUUUGGAUUGAACUUA